AUGUAUCCGGCUGCCUGUCCGAAGAUAACAAAUUGUAUUGAAAUGACCUGUGGUGAUUCUGCUGCUUCAACGAUAUGUGCCAACUGUGAAGGAGUUGUAAUGGAAAAAGAAUAUUAUAGAGCAUAUGUCAACAGUGACGAUAAAAAACAAUGUCGAAAGGCUUGUUCAUGGCGCAGUGAAAGUACUAGAUGUUACCCUGGUUACUGUGAAGGAGAACUAGCAGAAAAUUGCAAUUGUGCAAAAGGAUUCACUGGAAGACACUGUGAACAAAUGACAGAGUACGCAGAUGUUCUCCAAAACCUUUUCACGCUAAAACAUGACCACCAAGUGUUGACCAUUCCCUCAAACUCGGUAGACCCUGGACCCCAUCCUGUUGUAUGGUCGAACUACAAAGACUGGAAUCUAGCAGAAACAGAGUGGGAUGCCAAAUAUGUAUCGAAGGGAAGACUAGAUAAAGACAAAGACCAUUACAUAAAAGCCUUUGUGUAUGGCAUAAUAGAUGCCUCCACUACCUUAAAUUAUACAUAUACUGUUUUGGAUCUUGUGAAGACUAUCAUAAAUACCACUGACAAAAUGGAUCAAUCAAAUUCAUCCACAGAAUCAAAUUCUACAACAGAACCGAUCAUCAACAUCACUUAUAUUCCCCGGACAUCUCAAAUCAUUGUUGUUCAUAAUUGUUCCCAAGCAUCACCUAUAAAACCAGCAACAUCUUCUUUUGAAUGCAAACGGAAUUUUCUUCUUGAAUAUGGAUUUAUGCAUUACAACUUUAGCACUGGAGAUACAAUGACAUUCACCAUACAGGCAAAAAUAGGAGGACAUCUUAUCAUGGAAAAUCGAGAACGAAAUGUCAAUGAAACCCAUUAUUUGGUGGGAACAACUAAAUCAUUACAGUACGUUUUUCGUUGGGACUUUGUCCCCCCUUACCAUUGUUUGGAAAAUAUAGCCAUAAAUGAUGACUGCAAAGACCCACUUGUUGUGCCAGACCUAACAGAAAAUUCCACGAUUACAAUUACAUGGAAUGAUUGGUAUGAUGACAUGGCAGGAAUAAAGGAAUACCAUUAUGCAAUACACAAAGUCUCCAGCAGAAAUAACUCAUUGCAAGAAGACGGACAACAGGAAGACAGCGGAAUCAUUUCUUUGAAUGAAACAUUUAAAACACUGAAACUCCCGGGAGAUAAAGGACUCUUUUCCAUCCAUCUGGCAGCUUAUGACAAAGCUGGAAAUUAUAAAACGACCAGGCGUUUCGUUCUGUAUGACAGCAAUUCACAUGUCUCACACAACCCAUUCCGGUUAACACGUGUCCAAACUGCAUCUGAGAAAACAAAGUACACGUGGGUGGUUGAUGAUACAAAGAUUGUUAAAGUGCAAUGGAAAAAGAGAUUUCGAAACGCUGUGCAUGAUCAUAACAAAUGGCUCAAUGAAAUUUCACCGAGUUAUGGAAUUACGGAGAAUUACGAUGAUUACUCUGGACAGCGAUCCGUGGAUAAAGUGAAAAACAUGGAAGGAUGUGUUGAUUUUAAAGUCCAGUUCAACGUCUAUAACGAAUCAGGCUUAAAAGAUUCUAGACCGUUAUCUUCAGUUAGCGACAUCUCCACGGAGUCAGAGACAGUAAAAAUGGACUGGUCUGAUGGUGACAAGGCAGUCAUCACAGUUGUUGCUGUGGACAUUUUAAAUAAAACUUUGAGCGACACUCUCACAAUUUACAGAGAUUCCACUCCUCCUAUAAUAGAGAAUGUAUGGUUGACACGAGGAGAUAGACUUAAUGUCAGCGUCCACAGGCUGGAAGACUUUACGGAAAUGACAAUUGAAUGGUUGGCCUAUGACUACCACAGUGGCCUAGAUUCCAUCUACUGGAGAUUGUAUGAUAAUUUUACAGGAGAAAUUAUUCUUCAUGGCCACGAAGAUUUGUUUGCCCAAGGAUCAUCUCAAAAUAUCACUGAAUGCAUUCAGAAUUAUGGAAACUAUAGCAGAGGACCAAACUGCUACCAAACAAAUCACUGGGGAGCUUAUCAUCGGCAUUUUCAAGUAAAGCCAGAGGUUAAGAUAGAUGGAGGACUUCUCCAUGGCAAAGACAGUGGUGCCCAUGAUUCUGACUAUUUCCUGGAGGUUAAUGCGACAAACAAAGCUUUGUUGUCUACUGUGCUAACAAAGAAGAUAACGAUUGAUGUUUCACCUCCACACACCGGAAGUGUACAAGACGGAGUCAGAGGAACGAAUGAGGUGGACUUCCAACAAAGCAAGACACUAAAUGCUCACUGGGAUGGCUUCUUUGAUAAAGAGAGCGGUGUCAUGUUUUACAUGUAUGGCUUCAACACGGAACCAAUUCUUGCAGAUGGUUUCCAACUCGAUAACAACAAUCAUCUUUUAAAAGAAACAUAUGCAACGGAUGCAACUCACGCAGUCACCACUGAGGGGAAGUAUUACGUUUGUGUUGUUGCCUUCAAUCGAGCUCUAGAGCCUUCUAAACCGGUCUGUUCUGACGGUGUCACAAUCACUGCUGUAGUACCAGCUGUGUCAGAGGUGGACAUUACCAAUGCUCACGUUAGGGAAAGUUUAGUAACUGACAUAAGGAAAACAACUUAUUGGGUGAUCAGUAGAAACAGACACAGAAGAUUAAUCGCUAGUCCAACGAAUGAUUGUGUGAGGAAAGCUGUACCCUUAUCCAACAUCGACAUAUUUCCUGUCGAAAAAUACAAAAAUGGUUCAUAUGUUAAAGUAAAUGGAUCAGUUUUUUGUGCAAAUACUUCAAAGACAUCUGCCAUUAUGAGCUUUGCCCUGUCCACAUCAUCACACAUCAUUCUGUCCUGGUCUGCCAAUGAAACAAACAUCCAUGAUUAUGAGGUUGGCUUAUCCACAGUGGCAGGAAAUUCAGCUCCAGAUAUACUUUCCUUUAAAUCUUCAAAACAACAUCGACAUUUUCACCUGAUGCAUGCCGAUUUACCAAAGGGAGAACCUUUCUAUUUCAUCAUUAAAACCAUCAGCAAGUCAAACAUUGAAGGCAUACAGUCUAUAGGUCCUUGUUUCGUCGAUACAACUUCACCAGUUUUCUCCCCACCAAUAACAGUUAGUCACCAAGAUGGACAUUUGGUCGUUUCCUGGAAUGCUUACAGUUUUAUAGAUGCAGAGGAUCCAUUUCCUCUUUUUCUUCAGUAUGCUGUUGGUCACACGAUCAAGGGAACACAGGUAAAGAGGUAUUCGCGUUUAUCGGCUGGUGUCAACUGUACCGUAUCGGAACCACCAACAUGCACAGCAAUCCCAAUAAAUGCCACUGAGUGGAGACUGCAUGGUAACCACACGUACUACGUCACGAUAAAAGCAGAGAACGCAGCGGGUCUUACUACGUUUGGUGUCUCAGAACCAUACAUACACAAUGUGCAACUUCCGUCAACUGGAAUUGUCAUGGAUACAGCGAAUGAACUGAGAUUUCAUUUUCUCGACGUAGAAGAUAUUGAUUAUACGACCUCUAAGAAUAGCCUUUCUGCAAGAUGGACAGGAUUUUCUCAUGCAUACCUUGAUGUAACAUACACAUUUCGAGCUGGAACAUCACCUGGCGCUGCAGACGUUGUUCCACAAAGAGAUGUCGGGAAAAAUAUUUUUCAUAUAGAGCAUGGACUUUCUUUGACAUUUUUCAAGACCUACUACGUUACCAUUACUGCUAUAACGUCAGCUGGAAGCGUUCAGGUGAUCUCAGAUGGGAUAACGGUUUUGAAAGAAAAUGCAAGUUUAGCUGGUAUUUCAGUUUUUGACGGAGAACCAUGCAUUGAACCAGACGAAAACACAACAAAAAGUGUGAUUCACCACGACUGGGAUAUUAUCACAAAUUGCUCAAACAAAACCGAUUUCCAGUCUUCAACGGACACUUUAAAUGCAUAUUGGAAAAUAUCAGAGGAAACGCUACCCUUCACCCCAGAUAUGUACUAUUCCAUCGAAGAAAGAUCACUAUAUGGAGAUGAUUGGAGUGUCUUCCAAAACUUCAAAUCCAGUCACGGUCACCAGGAAGUCCAUGUGAACGGGCUAUUGUUAGAUCCCGGGAAAUUGUAUCGCUUUGUCUUAAAACCAUGUGCCAGAGAAAUUUGUUUCUUGCCGAUAAACAGCAAUGGCAUCAUGAUUCUAGCCAACCCGCCCAUAGCAGGUGGCAUGAAAGUUGCUCAUGAAAAUUCAUCUGCAACUGAAAAGCUGGAUGUUGUGAUGGAUAUGUUUGAAGAUCCAGACAUACAAAUACCAACUGAAAAGUAUGGCGUUAUAAACAGGUAUGAAUGGGCCAUAACGGACCAAUCCGACAUCGGGAGACUGCACACUCCAUGGCAUGAACUUAAGAAUUUCGAAGUCAUACCUGAACAGUAUAAAAUGGAAUUCACGAUUCCACUAACAGGAAAUGUGGACUUUUCGAAAUGUCGAAGAUUAACAGUGCGAGGAUACAACAAAGCGGGACUUUACUCAACAGUUUCCGCCGAUAUUAAGGACUGUAGCGCGUUUGAUCCACGAAACAUCAAACCAAACAUCGUAAUUGACGCUGUUGGAGCUCAAGAGGCUGGCAGAGAUGGCUAUGGAGAGGCAAUUCUACUACAGACAAACGCUAGAUGGCCAUAUGUAGACAGAGACUAUACUCCAAAUAAGAAUUACAUUUCAGCUGUGUGGCCUACUCUGCGAUAUAAUUCUUACACGGUGGCAGUAAUCAAAGCCCGGAAUAUCGAUGUCACUAGUUACUAUCUGCCGUCCACUUCUCUAUUACUCAGUGAUCCCUGCAGUCAUCCGAACUCUAUCAAAUGUGCCACCACGGAGCACGAAUUCAUCAACGUAAAGUUUGGUGAUGGUGAACUUGAGCAUGGUCAACGAUACAUCGUAUGUAUUCAUACGGAAUAUACUGAAAUACAACAUGAAAAAUGGACUCAAGUUCUACCGGAAAUUAAUGAAUGCAGUGACGGAGUUGUUGUUGAUCUCACUCCUCCAUCAGUGGGGAAUGUUUGGAUUGGCAAACAAGGACAGCAAUACCAGACAUCUACAACGGACUUGUAUAUAACAUGGGAUUCAUUUAAGGAUGUUGAAGAAUUUCAGACCAUUUCUCAUGCAUUUGGAGUGCAGGCUUACCAGCUGGGAAUUGGUACCUCUGUUGGUGGGAAUGACGUUGUUGCAUUCACAGAUGUUGGAGUUGUCAAUCAUAAAGCCGUACAUGGUCUUACCUUACAAAGUGGUCACAAGUACUAUGCUACAAUAAAAGCAACCGAUUUUGCUGAUAGAACAACCGUUCAAACUUCAUCACCAAUAACUGUUGAUACCAGUCCUCCAUUAAAAUCUGACAAUCCUAUUACUAUAACCGGACGUCACAUAACAUCGGUCUCGGAAAUUGAAGCAUGUUGGAAGAAUGUAUUUAGUGACCCGGAGAGUGAGAUAGAUUUCUACAUGUGGUCUAUUGGUUCCCAGCCCGGGUAUUCUGACGUAAUGGAUUACAUCCGUGAGGAUUCCGAAUGUGGAAUUAAUGAUAAAAAUCACAGACUUGAUAUCAAGGAAGGGCACGCAUAUUAUAUGAAUAUCAAGGCCCUCAAUAAAGCCCGCCUGGUGUCACUAGCGACGUCCUGGGCCUACAUAGUAGACCUUUCACCUCCUGUUGAAGGUUACGUAUUUGAACUUUCACCUUCAGGAAAAAAUAAAGUGGACAUUGAUUACCAAACUGAUAUGUCCAAAUUAAAGAUUUACUGGGAAGGAUUCCAUGACCCUCAUUCUUCAAUUAAAGAAAUCUUCAUUACCGUAGGAACAUGUAGUCGCUGUGAUGAUGUUAUUGGACGUCAAAGUGUUGGUCUUUUGAAAGAAAUGACGGUAGAUUAUGUCCAUUUUGGGUCAGGAAUAACCUACUACACAUCUGUAACAGCCUGUAACACUGCAGAAUUUUGUACGACAGCUUUCUCUGACGGCGUCAUCAUGGACAAUAGUCCUCCAAAUGUGGGCAUGGUUACAGAUGGAACUUCCUCAAACGACAUAGUACACCAGUCAAUUAGAAAUUGGAUUGGUGCCAAGUGGUAUGGUUUCACAGACCCACAGUCUGGAAUAUCUCAUUAUGUUUGGUGGGCAGGGACCACGCCGGGGGGAAACGAUAUUCUUAAGGAAAAAGAAGUUCAUUUGGUUGAAGAGGCAACUGCGUAUAACUUUUCACAGGAACUACCAUUAUCAAAGCGUAUUUAUGUAACUGUUCGCGCAUAUAAUAAAGCAGGAUUAUUUGCUGAAGGUGUAUCGAAUGGGUUUUUAAUUGAUGAAACACCUCCUGUUAUAACUAGUGGUCCCAAAUUCACAAAAGAUUCAGCACUGGUUGAAAAUACACAAAUAUACAAAUCACUAGUAAAGGUUGAGUGGAAAGUAAACGACCCAGAAUCACACAUAGAAAGACAGUACCUAUCACUGAAAUCCCACAUUGGUGGAGACUUUAAUUUGUCUUCUGUCCAAGUAAAUGGCAUUGCGCGUGAUUUUGUUCUCAGUGAGCUUAAGCUGCAUGAUGGAGUUACAUACUUUGUCACUCUAAUAUCCUGUAAUGGAGCUCAAAUGUGUUCUUCAAGCACUUCCUCUGGAAUUCAAGUGGAUAGUACUCCUCCAAGCCAAGGUAUGUUUGCGAUACAGACCGACCAUGCUGUAGACGAAGAAUUAAGUCGCCAUGUAUCUGGAUUUAUGACCUGGUGGAAAUAUGCGGUAAACCUUGCCUGGUUGGGAUUUUCUGACGCCCACUCAGAUAUCACCCAUUACUUUGUUAACAUUGGUUCGACUUACAUGGGAGCCGACUUGAACGCUGAGUCUGGUGUUCCAAAAAAGGUGAAUCAUAGCACAAAAGGAGUUGACAAAUACGACGAAGGAAGGGUUCAGGCAUACAGAAUUUCCACCCAGAAACUAUCAACAUAUGAUUAUUUGUAUAUCUGUGUUUGGGCUGUAAACAAGGUAGGACUAUCAAGUCCUAUAGUUCAUUCCAAAUUCAAGAAGUUGCCACAAGGACUUCUUUCCUUGGUGAGGCGAUGUGAGGCAGAAGACUGCGAGGGACAGUGUGUGUGCGCUCCUCAAGACAAAGUCUGCCCCAAUAAUGGUUCUUCCUGUAAUGACGUGACAAUCGGAAAUGUCAACAACCUAAUUAAAGUAACCGAUGUGACAUUUGGAGCAUCAGAUAUAAAAUUCACGCCCAGUAAUACAGUACUACAAGGUCGAUGGUCCAUAGUGCAUAGACAAGGCAGUCAACCUUCCAUGUACCAGUGGAGUGUUGGUUUUACAUUAAAUGACGUUCCUGUAGGAAUAUUUGACCCACAGCAUGAUCGUGUGUGGCAUGAUGCAGGACAGAACAAGUUUAUUACUUAUACCACUGAUCCAGGUCAUUAUUUGGAGGAGGGUGUUUCCUACUCAGUGUUUGUGAAAGCUUGGUAUAACAAAAACACGUAUGCAGUCUUCAAGUCGAAGGGCGUCGUCAUAGAAACACAAAAACCUGCCGUCAUAAAUGGUCUUGGAAGUUCCAUAACUGAAAAAAUGAUAACUAGUACAAUGAAAGAUGAUGAUUUUGUAAAGGAUGGCAUUGCGUUAAUGGUGAAUUGGACAAAUAAGUUUGUGGACGUGAAGGAGACAAUCAAAUCCUUUCAUGUCUACAUUAGCACAACACCAGGAGGGUACGGUGUUUGGGACAGUGGAGAAGAUUUAUCUAAUACAGAGACGACAUAUUUGGUGCGCAGACUCUCUUUGUCUCCGGGAGUCCAGUACUUCACCAAUGUCAUCGUCUACGGAUUCUCGGGAAUCCACCGCACAGAAUCCUCUGACGGAUUCUUAAUUGAUAACGACAAACCGAGGCUAGGAAUAGUGUUAGAUGGAAUAGGUUUGCAUGAUCUGGAGUUUCAGAAUGCAUCAAACUUAGUUCAAGCUAGAUGGCAUGGGUUUUUAGAUACAGGAUCAGGGAUAAGGAAUUACUUUUGGUGUGUAGGCAACACGACCACAGUCUCAACAGUGCAUUCUACUACUGAAUGCAGCAUAUGGGGAUGGGAGAGCGUAGGGAUUCACAUUUCAGUCUCAAGAAAACUUGCUGUUGAACUACCAAAUGGAAAAAUCUACUACAGCAAAGUUUAUGCAGUGGACAAUGUGGGAUAUAAAUCUGACAUUGCAGUUUCCGAUGGCGUCACUAUCGACAACACUCCACCACAGCCUGAAUACCUUUAUCACACCGAGAAAAACCUCUUGUUGAAUCCUUCUUUUGAAAAAUCUAGAAAUUCAUUAGCAAUUGAAAAUAUCAAUGACCAAAACAUCUGUUCACUCGGUAAUGAGUUCAUUCCAGAUUACUGGAAUCUGACUCGUGGCAGUUGUUCUGCUGUUGUGUCAUCUGUGAAGAAUUUUGGUAGAGAUGGAAAAUCAUUUCUUAUUGUCAGAGGCAGUGUUAAGCAAGUUAUAAAUGAACUUAAAAGUGGAAAACUUUAUCGCGUUGACUUCUUUUCCAGCCAUCUUUCAAUGCGUGUUGCAACAAUAGCCAACAAAGAAGGGUUUGUAAACAUUGGGAAAAAUAAACAUGUGUUUCUUCUGUAUCCAAGGGCUUACAGACAUGAUGAUAACGAUGUAUCUGAAUCCCGUGAAAUUGUAUCUUGGCAUAAACAUAGCUUCUUUUUUAAAGCAGAAAAUGAUAAUACAAUUUUCGAAAUCGGCAGCACAGACAUUAGGACAGGUCUGUUUAUUGACCAAGUUACAUUGCAAGUUGUAGAAAGGACCGUUAAUAACAAUACUGACUCUCAUGUGUCUGCCCACGUCGUUUAUAUACAUCAAUGGGGUUCCAUGCAUGGGGUUUGGAGUUUCCUUGAAGAUGUCAGUCCUAUCACAGAAUAUCAGUGGGCAAUAGGGUACACAAAAGGUGGAACACAGUUGCAGGAUUUUACCAGCGUUGGGCUAAGCAACUUUGGAAUUAAUGCUAAUGUCACCCUUAUCCAUAACACAUAUGUACACGUGACAGUGGUGGCCUCAAACGCUGUCGGACUUCUUGGAAUAUCGUACUCUGUACCUGUUCUUGUUGAUUUGACGUCGCCAGUUAUUGUCACUGUGAACGAUGGCAGAUUAUGGAAUGGGGAUGAGGAUGCUUGGACAGACAAUGAAGUUGCAGUUAACUAUUUGGUGACAGACGAGGAAUCUGGAAUCGACUAUUGCGAGUGGGCGAUCGGUUAUCAGCCACAAGGAAUAGAUUUACAGACGUUUGAAAAAUUGGAACCUAGGGAAACUUUAGCAUUUAAAGAUUUUAACUAUAGUGUACUAGAAAACAGAACCAUAUUUUCUACAAUAAGAUGUCAUAAUCGUGCUGGAUUACUUGCUUCAAAAUCGUCUGACGGCGUGAAGAUUUCAAUUCGUCCACCAUCCAUAGCUCAUGCAGAGGUGACUGUAUUGCCGAUGUCAAUCACUGAAUAUCAGGCUGGUUUUCAUUAUCAAAGCAUAAAAAAUAAUAUAAGGAUACAAUGGUCUGGGUUUGAAGACUUUACUGGAAUUGAGCAAUAUAAGAUAACUUUUUUCGGUGAGAAAAGAAAAGUUGAAGAACAAAUAUCAUAUCCAAAUGGACAAGACAUUCAAAUAGCAAGUAUUCUAAACAUGGACAUGGCAGAAGGUCUGAAGAAUAUUACCAUUCAAGCAAUCAGUAAACUUUUAUUGACCAGCGAUGAGGUCCUUUACAACAUAACAAUCGCUUAUAGUAACCCAGCAAAAAAGGCAAGUAGUACCUUGACGGUGUCUUGGCAUGAUGGAAACAAAGAGUUUACUGUAUCCUGGGAUGACGUAUUUAUUUCACAACAUCCUUUGUUCUACGAAGUAUCGGCGGGAACAGUAGAAGGAGGAAUUGACGUUCUACAAUGGCAAGAGACCACAGGAACCAGUGUUACCUUUGGUCUACCGCCAACGAUCACAAAUUUGUCUAAGUUGUCUGUUCAUGUGUUUGUGAGGGCUAUCAGUGCUAGUGGAACUUACGAAGAUAUCAAAGGAUUUAUUACGCUCCUAAAAUAGUGAAAUGGUGUUUGA